ACGCGGGUGAUAAACAACAACAGUUCAUCUUUUAUCAGCUGAUAAGUUGAUAAGCGGAGAGUUUAAAAGUGAUAUAAAACAGGAGAUGGCAUCAUAACUCCGCUACACGGCGCCGCGGCAACUGCUGUGUGGAGGUUCGCCGCGAGACAGAGAGAACUUUUUCCUGUAGUUUUUUUUUGUUUUCUUCUUGUUUUGUGAAGUUUUCCAGAGGAGAAAAUGAGCGUCAACAAAUAUGAAGCCGCAGACUUGUACCGUGAAUGUGCCCGCGGGGACAUUGAGGGAAACGAGCGGACACCUUUGUUAAGUGGAUCAGUGCAGACCAGGACCAAAGGAGCCUCCUUCGCCUCCUCUGUGUUUAACCUGAUGAAUGCCAUCAUGGGCAGCGGUAUACUGGGUCUAGCUUAUGCUAUGGCUAACACUGGAAUAGUUGGUUUUUGCAUCCUGUUGGUAGUCGUGUCCACCCUGGCAGCAUACUCUAUACAUCUCCUUCUGAAGCUAUGUGACCAAACAGGCAUCAAUUCAUAUGAAGACCUUGGUGGUAUAGCCUUGCAAAAACCAGGAAAAGUUGUGGUGGCACUUUCUAUUAUUAUCCAAAAUAUUGGUGCCAUGUCAUCCUAUUUGUUCAUCCUGAAGUCGGAGCUUCCUGCAGCCAUCGACAGCUUCGUGAGCCGAGACGACGCAGGAAACGCCUGGUAUGAUGACGGCAGGUUGCUUCUGAUCCUCGUCACACUUUGUGUUGUUCUACCUCUGGCAUUGUCCCCGAAAAUUGGCUUCCUGGGCUACACCAGCAGCAUUGCCUUUUUCUUUAUGCUGUACUUUGCAAUUGUGGUCGUGGUCAAGAAAUGGUACAUCCCCUGCCCGCUGCCUCACAACAUGACUACACUUUCAGAUGCCUUCCAGAUCUCAAAUUCCUCUGACUCAGACUGCACACCAAAACUCUUUGUCAUGUCCAGUAAGAGCGGCUACGCCAUCCCAACCAUGGCCUUCUCCUUCCUGUGCCACACAGCUAUCCUGCCAAUCUACUGCGAACUGGACAGACCGUCUAAGGCCAGGAUGCAGAAUGUUACAAAUGUCAGUAUUGGCCUCAGCUUCCUGUUUUACCUCGUUUCUGCGCUGUUCGGCUACCUCACCUUCUACGGUAAUGUGGACUCUGAGCUGUUGCACGGCUACCUGUUCCUGCAUCGGGACAUCAUGGUGAUGACGGUUCGACUGGCCAUCCUGCUCUCUGUGCUGCUGACUGUUCCCCUUAUUCUGUUUCCUGCCCGUAAGGCUGCAUCCAUGCUGCUGUUUGAAGGACGGCCCUUCUCCUGGCUGAUCCAUAUCUUUUUAACUCUAACCAUCCUGGGUGCGGUGCUGCUGCUGGCCAUCUUUGUGCCUGAUAUCAGAAACGUGUUUGGAGUAGUGGGAGCAACAACAUCCACCUGCCUGAUGUUUGUUUUCCCCGGCAUUUUCUACCUCAAGAUCAACGGAGGACCUCUCAGAUCCUUUGACUCUAUUGGGGCUGUGUUUAUGGUGGUCUUUGGUUUCACUAUGGCAAUCAUGAGCUUCACUUUCAUUGUCAUCACAUGGGUGCAUGACAUCUAACCCUGUUCGCCCCCCCUUUCCCGAAUGAAACGCAACAGCAAAACGAGAGGAAAUCGUGCCAAAGAAACCAAGUAAUGGAUGAAGAAAGGGAAGAGACAGCGUCACCUCAGGCAGAUUAUUUAUAGUGAAGUUGUUCUCAACACUAAACCACUGUUUGUUUUUGUAGACCAAAGUCAGCACAUGCUGUAUGAGCUAAAAAAAAAAACAAAGCAAGGGCUAUCUGUGUUACACACGUUUUUUUCUUUUUUUAACAGAUAUUUGUUUACACAUCCUUUUUUUACACAAUGACUUUUAGACUAUACCCAGUUCAGGGUAAAUCUUUAUUUUUUUAAUCAUCAGAGAGCAAAAGAUGUGACGUUCUGUGUCAGAACGAGAUAAAAGUCUUAAAGUUAAUUUUAUGUACUUAUUUACAUUUUUAUUUUCUGACAACCUUUGUGUUGUUCUGUGUGGAUUACAGUGCACCUUAUACAAACCUGCUCUGAAGGCUGGACCACAAAUGUGUCAAAUUUACUAGUUUCUCAGACUCCGUUUAUGGAAUAUUUUCAGUUACACAUACACAAUCACUAAUCAUUAGUCACUUUAAUUUUUAAAUGGUUUUAUUUGAUUUACUUGGUGGGGGUCGGGGUGGAGUUUUGUUUAGUAUGUAUUGGUUUUCCAAACUCAGAGUUUUUCUGGUGCUACUUGUAUUAUUUAAUAAAUGUGUUCAUUUUGAUGAAUUGUAUGCAGUUCCAAUGUACAGAAGAAUAAUGUAAUGCAUAAUUAUGAUCUUCAAAUUAUUGGCAUUCAAUAAAA